AUGUCGACCAGCAAUAAUGGCCAAACCCCAGCAACAACGUUCCACGCCGAAAAGGCCGCGACCGCGCACGUCGAGGAGCAGCUGGGUCACGGUGCCGCCGUGGACGCCAAACAUGCCUCGGAUGCAGAACAUGCCAUGACCUUCUGGGCGGCGCUGCGCUCGCACAAGAAAGCCGUUUUCUGGUCUAUGGUGAUUAGCAUGACCAUAGUCAUGGAGGGUUACGACACAAUCCUGAUCAAUAACUUCUUCGCAUUCCCAAGCUUCCAAAGACGCUACGGCCAGUACACCGAGGAGCACGGCUGGCUACUCACCGGGCCGUGGCAAGCUGGGUUGACGAACGCGAGUGUUUGCGGCACGAUCAUUGGCGCCUUCAUCAACGGCUAUGUGACGGCCAAAUUCGGGUAUCGACUGACGCUCGUGGGAGCGCUGUUCUUCAUGAACGCCUUUAUCUUCAUUACUUUCUUUGCCCAGAACAUCCAGACAUUGUUGGUCGGGCAGAUCCUAUGCGGAAUUCCUUGGGGAGUCUUUGCAACAUCGGCGCCCGCAUAUGCUAGCGAGAUUUGCCCAAUGAUCCUGCGUGGUUACCUGACGGUAUACGUGAACCUGUGCUGGGCAAUCGGCCAAUUCAUCGCGGCCGGUGUGCUGCAAGGCUGCCUCGAGCUGACCAACCACUGGGGAUACCGCAUUCCCUUUGCAGUGCAGUGGGUGUGGCCAGUGCCGCUCCUGGUGGCGAUCUUCUUCGCACCCGAGUCCCCCUGGUAUCUCGUCCGCACCGACCGCCUCGACGAAGCAAAACGCAUGCUUCAGCGACUCAGCGACAAGGCUACCACGGACGAAAUCAACGGCACCCUCGCCAUGCUCGUGCAUACGGUCAAGAUCGAGCAAGACACCACCGCCGGCACCUCGUACUGGCACUGCUUCCGCGGCGUUGACCUGCGCCGGACCGAGAUCUGCUGUGUCACGUUUGCGGGACAAGUGCUGUCUGGCUCGACGUUCGCUUACGCUCCAACCUACUUCUUCACACAAGCCGGCAUCGACACCGCCAACGCCUACAAGCUCAACCUCGGCGGCACAGCCAUGGCCUUCCUCGGCACCGUCCUCUCCUGGUUCCUCAUCACCUGGUUUGGCCGCCGCACGUUGUACCUCACCGGCCAAGCCUCACUCGCCACUCUCCUUGUCCUCAUCGGCAUCCUCUCCGCCGCCACAGACAGCGGUGCUGGCCUCUGGGCCCAGGCCGCUUUGGCCAUGAUCUGGCUCUUCGUCUACAGCCUGACGGUGGGGCCGAUUGCGUACGCCAUCGUCUCCGAGACUAGCAGUGUGCGGCUGCGGGCGCAGACGGUCGUGCUCGCGCGGAAUACGUAUCAGGUCACGAAUAUUAUUUCGGGAGUGUUGAAUCCAUACAUGCUGAAUCCGAACGAGUGGGGAUGGAGUGGAAAGAGUGGCUUCUUUUGGGCGGGGACCGCAGGCUUGACGGCGUUGUGGGCGUUUUUCAGGCUGCCGGAGGCGAAGGGCCGGACAUAUGAAGAGAUGGAUAUCAUGUUCAGUCGGGGCGUGUCGGCGAGGAAUUUCUCCAAGUAUCAUGUCGAUGCCUAUGCUACGGAGGUGGACGCGACCAGAGAGAGGAAAGCAUAG